GGAGAAUAUACCUCGAAAUUCAGUGUAGGCGGGAUUCAAACGCUCAUCCCGGCAGGAGUGAGGCGGCAGUGCACCUGCCAUGGGGUUACCCUCCGAGGGAAAUUCCUAUAUUCAACCUUCAUUUCAUUUGUGGAUUUUCACAAAUCAUAUUUUGAUUGCAAAAACCUACUCUGCUUGUAUGUUUAUUCCAUCAAAUAUCUAUAUAUCUACCCAAAAAGACUGCAUUUGAACUGGUUUGCUUAAACUUCAUCCUGUCAUUAUAAAUUCCAAAAUACGGUACCGAAAGUACAGUAGGCAAAACCGCGGGUGACAAAGACACCAAAGGCGGAAACGUUAAUUGGAACCUAAAGCAGCUCCGCCUGACAGAAGUUGACGGCUACCCUCCAGGCAACCGCAUGAAACAAUAUAUUAGUCGGCCCAGAGAAGGACUGCACCUGUGGAUGUGCAGCUGCUCUCCCAUAGUUUCACCCAUCAGCAUGCGCUAUGCAGCAGCUGCCUCCACAUCCCCGUCGCAAGCUGCAGCUGGACAAUGGAGCAGAACGCAGUAAUAAGGACCGGUGAGCUGGGGCCAAGGGAUCCUCUCUGUUUUACCAACCAAAUUCUCCUACGGCAGAAGGAACUCCUCAUUCAAUAUGACCAGAAGUCAUGGUAUCUCCAGCUGAACCCGAAGAGGAGGAACGCGGGAUGGCGGCGGCGGCGCUGCUGUCGGAGACCGAGAUCAAACAGCGGUCCAUGGCAGAAGAGGACCCGAACGGGAACGAGCACGGAGCGGCGGCUCGGAGCACGGCGCCGCGCUGGGGACCGCAGCACGCCGGGGCCCGGCAGCUCGCCAAGCUCUAUUCCCCGGGCAAACGGCUGCAGGAGUGGGUCUGCGUGCUCUUGUGCCUGUCCCUCUUCGCCGUCAACUUCGUCUUCCUGCUGGUGAACUUCUCCACCGUCCACAUGUACCGGAUCAUCUUCGGCGUCAGAUGGCUGAAUUACCCCCUUGACUAUGUGGGCUUCUGGAGGAAGAUGGAGUGUCUGAUUGACAGCUUGACAGGCCACAAGCCGCGCAGCGAUGACAUGGAGUGGAUAAAGAAAACGGACUGAGACCCUGGACUCAGUCUGAGUCCGGGACCGAGACGAUAGGGUGUGGGUGAGGCUCGGAGGUGGAGGCGGUGAUUGGGCAUGGCAGAGUGUGGCCCCGCCCACCUCACCCUCAGGGGAGCCAACCCAGUGCAUUUCUUCACUCUGUACUGUUGCUGCUUCUGUCUUCCACAAAAGACUCGUCUUUCUGCGGUUAACUUUCUCGGUUUUCAGAACCUUCCCAAAGAUACUGGAUGGAGACCAUGUGAUCAAAACAAUUAUUUUGUAGGGUCAAAUCUAGGCCUAGUCUGGGUUGUGGGGUUAAAAAGUAGUCUGUCAGCUGACAGGGUCAUGUGUUUGUGGUAACUGACCUACGGGAUGUCCAAUGGGCUGUUUUUGUGUUGAUUGAUCUGUGGAGUAUCCAAUGGGCUUUCUUCAUGUUGAUUGGUCUAUGGGCUAGCCAAUGGGCUUUCUCUUUCUUGCCACUGGAGGUUGGGCUCUCCAGGGGAAGCACUUGUUUAGCUGCUGAAAGCCCUGGUGAUCGAAGCAAAGUGUGCUAAAUUGGGGGGUCGUUGGAUUUUGGGAGGGAUGACAGCAUUUUCGGUGCAUAGGACUCUGCAUGCCUGGUGAUUAUCUUUUCUCUGGUAUGUAUGGGGGGUGGAAUUCACCGGCUUAUUUUGUCGUUAAGCAGGAUUUAAUGUGCCUGGCACCACACAAUGCCACCUGCAUGACAGCCACACGCAGAAGGUGGGCUGGGGGGGGGAGGUCUAGUACAGGGAAUGGGGCUUCCUUCGUCUGCCCACCCCCAAGUUAAACCUGGCACCCAGCUUUUCCGAGGAGGCGCGACGCACGUCACCAAGGGCUGGGGUCCGCAGAUGCAUCUCUGUGCGAUCGGUGCCACCUGCGAGCGCAGCACGCAUGGCAGGGCUGCCCGUACCCCUGCCACUUCCACGGGGAGCACACGCCAUGCGGUUUGCUUCCUUUGGCUCCUCCUGGUGGUGGUCCGAAGAUCAGCUUUUUCUAUGGAUUCUUACUCGCGGCUCUCGCUCACUGCCGAUCUGCCUUAAAUUGGAUUUUAUGGAUGUUCUAGAUCGGAGAAAUCCCUCUCGUCUGUCUGUCUGUCUUGAGCGCUUGUGAUAUUUAAUAGGACCCGUUACAGAUGUGCUUUCUUUUGCUUUCACAUGCCUCUGUGUUUGGUCUGUCUCUGGUUUGAUCUCAGCCUGACGUGAAUGACUCAAACUUUUCUAAUGCCUGUGAUACUGCACUAAGAAAGGCCAGCGAGAAAAGCUGCUGUGAAUUAUGUUUCUGGCGGCAUCUAGUGGCCACUAUUUGUCUUUGCAGUUGUCCGAUUAAAAAAUAUGUAUAUAACUUUAUUAUAACCCAGUUGUGUUUUUUCCAUUUUCCACUUUUUUAGUUCUUGGGGGUGGGGGAGAGAGAACAUAGGUUAUGUACUCCUGCUUUUUAAAAAUAUUUUUUUAUUAGUCUGUCACGCUGCAGUAGGAUGUACUUUGUGGUGACAGCCGUCUACUGUGCAUUGAUUUUGGAGCUGCUGUGACGACGUUUGUCUUUCCUUGUGGUGGCAAAUGAAGUGUGAAGCCCACACUUACGGCACAGCAGCAUCACGCCGUCGCCAUUGGACCGGCACCAGUACCAGCCGGUGAGCAACUUGGCCACGAUACGGCUCCUCCCCUCCGUCAACCUACCAAUCGUAGCCACCGCCUGCUCCCUGUCCAGUCACUUCUCUGCUUGGGCCACGUCAGCCAAUCACAAUCCCCUUUUCUGCUGUGUAGACAUUGGUGCAUAUGGAGAAAUAAAACUUCUUGAUUCCAA